AAUUUGACAAUCGAAUUUCGACCCUAUUUCAUUAGAGUUUCAUACAUUUGUUUUUUACAAAAAUAAAUAACAAAUAAAUAAAAUUGAAAAAUCCUUCAUACAAAUAGGUAAUCCACCAUGGCAAGCAGCAGAUUGGAAAAAAUUGGGACUAUCUUUACGAGAGUGGAGGGUCUGAUAACCCGUGGCGGCAUGCGGCCCGACGACCGGCCGCUGUGGUUCGACGUGUACAAGGCCUUCCCGCCCAUCGUGGAGCCCAGGUUCGCCAGACCCAAGCCCGAGAUCAAGCCCAUCAGGCAAAUCCUGUACAAAGAAGACGAGCUUAGGGCAAAAUUCCAUUCUAAAGGACACGGUUUAGCUGCAGUCAACAUGCUCAAUCCCUCAGGUGAAACUCAGACUAAAAAUCUCAUCAAAGAGUAUGAGAACCAGAAGGCCUUGGGGGUGCCAGAAGAAGAGAUUUUGGAUAAAUGUGCUGAAAAAGUGAUCAGCGAAAGGAAAAGCAAGGCAGAGGCCGCGAGACUCACGUCCAAUGUAGACCCUCAGUCCAUCACUGGGCAGGUGCUAGCAGAAGCUGACAUAAAGAACAUUUUCAAAGAGAAGUGAAGUUGAAUAUGUAGCCGUUAUUGUUAACUUAGGUAAGUAGAUGAUAUUCUUAUUAGUUUAAUAAAUUGUUUAUUGAUUAGAA